GGCCGAAUAAACCAAACACCUGCCACCGCGCACACUUUCAACACGACGCCGUGCAGCGUGGAGCUUACGUGACUAGACAACGAACACAUCUUUUGUUUUGUAUUCAAACUGGCAAACACUGGAGAUACUGUCACGAAAAAAGCAAAACACAUCUGGGUGUUUGUUGCAUGUAUCUCCUCAACUGUCCAGAUAACAGCUUAGAAGGAUCCUGACGAAUUGCGCGUGCACAAACUGCAACUUUUACCUCGGUUUUUUGGACUCACUGACACGCCCCAAAAGUGGGAAUUCAAAAAGCUAACGUUAGAGCUAUACAAGCUCUUAUGAGUUUAUGAAAAGGUUUUUGACGGAUUUCAGAGUUUAAGGCACAAGCUGUCCUCACAGAGACUGUAAGGAAUGUAACGAUAACAUCUCACCUGAUCUUCAAGACACCAGGCUACACGGAGCUACAGACCGUCUGCGUCACAAGACCAGCGAACCAGGUUGCCUGCAAAUUGGGUCUAACUAUGAGAAUUAUGGAAACAAGACUUCUCCUGUUGCUGUGGGCUUUGUUUGUGAUUGAAGUGGCCUCCACACAUCGCCCCGCUCCCAGAGUGCACCUGGCUUUUAAAGAAUUGAUGGACACUCGGACAGCAAGGCCUUUCAGUUUCUCCUUCAACACCAGUGACUACCGGAUCUUACACGUUGACCCAGACCAGGGGCGGUUGUACCUGGGAAGCCGCGAAUAUCUUGUUUCUCUGGACAUGCAAAACAUCAACAAAGAGCCUCUCAUUAUCCACUGGCCAGCUCCAGCUCAGAGAAAGGGAGAGUGUCAGAUGACUGGGAAAGGCAGGCAUGGAGAAUGUGCUAACUUUGUGCGUCUGAUUGAGCCGUGGAACAGGACUCACCUGUACACCUGUGGCACAGGAGCUUAUAAACCCAUCUGCACUUUCAUCAACAGAGGCUGGAGAGCUGAGGACUACCUCUUCAGGCUGGUUCCUGGUUUCGUGGACUCUGGGAAGGGGAAAUGCUCUUACGAUCCAAACCAGGAGAAUGUCGCAGCCCUGAUUAAUGGAAACCUGUAUGCAGGAGUGCCGGUGGACUUCAUGAGCAGUGAUCCAGGCAUCUUCAGGACCAUGGGGAGCCGGCCAGCUGUGAGAUCAGAGCAGUAUGACUCUAGGUGGCUGAAUGAACCUGUAUUUGUUCACAUGAAACAGAUUCCUGACAGCUCCGAGAAGAACGACGACAAGCUCUAUUUCUUCUUCCGUGAGAAGAGUCUGGACUCGGGGGGAGGAGCGAGCCCAAGUGUGUUAGCCAGAGUGGGCCGCGUGUGCCUGAAUGAUGAGGGCGGACAGAAGUCUCUCGUGAACAAAUGGACGACUUUUCUGAAGGCCAGGCUGGUGUGCUCUGUGAUGGGAGAUGAUGGGGUGGAAACCUUCUUUGAUGAACUGAGGGAUGUGUUUAUCCAACCUGCCCAGGAUGAACGAAACCCUGUGGUGUAUGGCGUCUUCUCGACUUCUGGCUCUGUGUUUAAAGGCUCAGCCGUGUGUGUCUACUCAAUGGCUGAUAUCCGAAAUGUCUUUAAUGGCCCUUUCGCCCAUAAACACGGUCACAACUACCAAUGGACUACAUACACAGGGAAGAUUCCCUAUCCUCGUCCAGGAACGUGUCCAGGAGGCACGUUCACACCGGGUCUUCAGUCCACAAAAGAGUUCUCCGAUGAAGCGGUUAACUUUAUUCGUGCUCAUCCUCUCAUGUACUAUCCUGUCUAUCCCAUUCACAAGCGCCCUCUAGUGGUGCGCUCUGGUGUAGACUAUCGCUUUACGACUAUUGCAGUGGACCAGGUGGAUGCUGUGGAUGGCCGAUAUGAGGUUCUCUUUCUGGGAACGGAUCAUGGUACAGUCCAAAAAGUUAUAGUCCUGCCCAAGGAUCCCACCACAAUGGAAGAGCUCACUUUAGAGGAAGUGGAAGUUUUCAGGACACCUGCUGCUGUCAAAACAAUGCACAUAUCCGCCAAACGGCAACAGCUGUACGCAUCUUCCGAGGCAGGUCUUACCCAGAUGUCUUUGCACCGCUGUGGAGUGUAUGGAAAGGCCUGUUCGGACUGCUGUCUGGCCAGAGACCCCUACUGUGCCUGGGAUGGAGAUAACUGCUCUGCCUUUACACAAGCCACCAAAAGGAGGAGCAGAAGGCAGGACGUUAAACACGGUGACCCUUUGCGUCAGUGUCGGGGUUACAAUGCCAAAGUGGAGAGGAGACUGAUGGAGAAAGUUCAGUUCGGGGUGGAGGGUAGCAGCACCUUUCUGGAGUGUGUGCCGCGCUCUCCCCAGGCCACUAUCAAAUGGCUCUACCAGAAGGAGGGAAGACGAAAAGUGCUAAAUCGAGACGGGGAAGUUUUGAAGACUCCUCAGGGGGUCCUUCUGAAAACUCUCACCAAAGCAGAUGCUGGUCAGUACCAUUGCCUGGCCACUGAAAAUAACUUCAAACACACGCUGGCUCGUGUCUAUUUACGGAUCCUGGACCGGGACAUCGCUGUAGCCCUCACCACCCCCGAUGAGGAGGAAGAGGCUUCGAGGAGCCAUCGCAAAGACCAUCAACAGGACCCUGCACGUCCUACCCCAGCACUCCUGCUGGAGUCUGAAAUGCGUCUGAUUCAGCAGUACUGCCAGUCCUACUGGGAGCAGCUGACGUCCGGGGGUAACUCUCAGGCGGACCUCCCGAAACGCGCCAACCGCAGACACACAGAAGCACUGAAGGCUAGUGGGGAGUGAGGAGGAGAGUUCCGAGCAGUUUAUGGACUUUCAUAGGUUAGUUCAUGUGCAGUGCCACCUAAAAGUAUUUGGACACUUUUGGACCGUUUGGACACGUUUUACUGUGUUUAAAUGGAAUUGGAAUUUGUGAAUUUCACUAAAAAAUGAAAAGAUAAUUUAUGAACAGUGGCUCCAAAAGUAUUUGGACACUAUUGGACAAUUAAAAAAUAUCACAUUUUUACAAUAUUCAAAAGUUUUUUUUUUUUUUAAUGAAUAAAUCUUUACAGUGUUCAAAAUUAAUUAAUUUGUGAACAGCGGCUUCAUAUAUUUGGAGAUUACUUAAAAAUUACUUAAUUUUUAUGUGUCCAAAAUAAAUUGAUCAUUUUCAAAUGUUCAAAAUUAACCAACCGAAUUAAUUCAUGAACCGUGGCUCCAAAUAUUUGGAAAUUACUUUUUAAAAUGAUUAAUUUUGUUUUUUCUGUGUUCAAAAUUCAAGUUAAAAAAUAUUUGCCAGUUAAUUUUCGCAAUUAAUGAACUGUGUCUGUUGUUUCGAAAUUUGCCACAUGGCUUAAUAUUUUGUGAGCGAAUGCAAUAGCAUUCACUCCAAAAAUGAAGUGUCUAAAUUCUUUUUAGAGUCACUGUAUGUAAUCUUACAUUCAUUCACUGAUCCAAAGUUAAAGUACCUGAGCAUUCUUCUGUUGCAUUGAGAUUGUAGUCAAUGUUGAUUUAGGACUGAGCAUUUCCACUUGCCACAGUGAUUUGACUGCAUUUCAGUAUUAUAAACAGGUGUAAACAUUUACUAACCUCACAAAUAUGACCUUCAGGAUGCAGUCAUUACACACUGGCUUUUAAUUAAAGUAAAAACUUUGAAGCACAUUUAAAGAGGAUAUUACCUCAUAAACGUUCCACUAUCUUGUAGUCAGAAAAACAAAGUUGCUUACAAACUCAUUGUUAAAUUACUCAAUCAGUGGGCCAGUGCAAUUUCAAAUGUUCCACCCUUGAUUAUGAAAUUGUAAAAGUAAUAUAUGUGUGUAUGUACGUUUGAUAGUAAUAUAUGUAUGGAUUCCAAUAACUGGGUUAAUAAUGGCACCAAACAUCUGCAAGAACACUACUUGCCUUCUAUGUGGCUGCUUCUCACUAUUUGUAAUAUAUAUUUAUUUGAAGUUGAAUAUUUUUUAUUGGAUGAUACAUAUUGCUAGAGGAUACUGAAUAAGGGUGGAGGGCAUUUUUGCAUGAUUGACCAAUUCAAUAUGUUGUUAUUUAUUUAAAUGCAUUGAAAAUGACUGACUUGUUUAGGAAAUAACACUUUUAUGCUGUACAUUUAGUUUCAUGCUUUGUGUCUGGUUGAGAAAUCACCAUUCAAGCAAAAACAAACAGUCAAAUAAGUUCACUCAGAUAAUAUCCAACACUGGAAAUAUUUCACAAACUUUGUGUGUGUGGUUUUUUUUUUUAAUAGAAUGGUAGAAUAGUCCAGUUGUAAAUGACAAUGUUAUGUCUUGCUCUUAGAUGUUGAUGUCUUGUAAGAAAAAAUAAAAAAGCAAUAAUUUGCAAGCCUUA